AUGGCUGUCGUUGGGAACGCCUUCACGGUGCUCAGCCCUUCAGCGCUGGCACCGGCGCACAUGGAGGUACCAAAGGGCAAGGAGCAGAUGGGCAGCCACUUCUCUUCAGGCGCAGGCGCAGCCUUGACCGCGGCGGGUCUCGUGGCCGCCGCGGGCGCGCGGCGGCAGACCCGCCGGCAGACGCGCCGCCCGGGUGCGAUGGUGGGCAUGGCCAUGGAGCCAGAGUCCUACUACCGUGACCACCUGGUGGCCUGCCGCGCACAGCUGAACGGCGUGGAUGCGCCUACUCCUGAGGAGACUGACAAGCACAUGGAAGGCAUUCAAGCCUUUGCCAAGCAGGCCCUUGCUGGCGCCUCGGCCGCCAUGCUUUUCACCAGCUCAAUGGAGGCAGCCGUUGCGUACCCGAUCUUUGCGCAGCAGAACUACGCAAACCCUCGUGAGUACACUGGAAAGAUCGUGUGCGCCAACUGCCAUCUGGCCAGCAAGACGAUCGAUGUGAAGCUUCCCCAGGCAGUACUCCCAGACACCAUCUUCAAGAUGGAGAUCGAAGUGCCUGCCAAGUAUGCCAAGCGCCGCCAGCCUUUGGCUGAUGGCUCCAAGGGCCCCAUGAACAUUGGUGCCAUUGCGGUGAUGCCUGAGGGCUGGAAGUUGGCUCCCAAGGAUCGCCUUCCCAAGCCUUUGAAGAAGGAGAUGAAGGGCCUGGCCUGGGCACCUUACAGCAAGGAGUAUCCCAACAUCGUUGUGGCGGGGCCAGUUCCAGGUGAGACCUACGAGAAGAUGGUCUUGCCGGACAAGAUCCUCUUUGGCAAGGGCAUUUUCUACUUCGGUGGCAAUCGCGGCCGUGGCCAGGUCUAUCCUGAGGGAAACCAGAGCAACAACAACCAGUUCAUGGCCGCUGCCACGGGAACGAUCUCAGCCAUUGAUGGUCUCAAGGCCCUUUCGAUCCGCGUGAUGACUCUCCCAUGGUGGAUGGAGGAGUUCCAAGCUCCAUGCUUGGCUUGCCUCCGGGUUCGGGUGACCUCCGAAUCGAUGGUGGUCACCAAAACUCGUGGGAUCCCGAUCGUUUGGGCAUCGCAUGGCCAUGAGAUUGGAGCUGAUCUCACCGUUUUCAACGGUUGGUUGACUGAGGAUUCCAGUGCUGGCUCAGGUCUCAAGCUGGAGUCCAUUUCGGCCACCUGCACCGUGCGCUUAGGUGGUUUCCAGAAAGAUGAGGUCAUUGAGCUGUGCUCGGGCCUUGGUGGCAUGACUUCGGCAGCACGUGCCUUGGGACUGAAGUCAGUUGCCUGCAUGGACCAUGCUCCGCUUGCAGUGGAAGCCUGCCGUAGGAAUCAUGAGGGCUUUUGCCUCAAUGGUGACAUUUGCAAUCCUGAUGAUUUGGCAAAGCUUUUCGUUUUGAUGAAGGGAAACAGCAUGGGGUUGAUGUGUGGGUUUCCUUGUCCCCCCUUUAGUGUCAUGGGGGAUCAAAAAGCGUUUAGUGAUAGCCGUUCGGAAGUAUUCGUAGCUGCACUCAAUGCUGCCUACCUCUUUGGCUCGGCCUACGUGGUGCUGGAAUGCACGCCUACCACUGGCCAAUAUCGUGAAGUUCAAGAGCUCUUGUUUUCUUUCGCCAAUGCCAUGAAUUUUGACAACAGGCAGCAGGUUCUUCGUUUGUCAAGUGUAUGGCCCUGUCAGAGAACAAGAUGGUGGUGCUUUUUACUUGCAAUUGAUGUCAUGUCAAGUGACAGCAUUUUGCCAUCAUUGCCGAAGUUUCCACACCUCCUCACUGUGGGUGACAUCAUGCCCUCCUGGCCUAUCUGGUCGAAAGCAGAGGAAGAGGCUUUAUCUUGGUCGCCUGAGGAGCACGACUUCUAUGCCUCUACUUUGGUCCUGGAAAACCAUGAAUUGCGGCAAUCAGGUGUCUGUCCUACCCUGUUACACAGCCUUGGACAUCACUUGCUUGCUUGUCCUUGCGGUUGUCGCCACCAGGGCCUCAGUCAUGAGCGUUUACUUCGGGAUGGCAUCGCUCUCACCAUGCUUCCAUCCACGUUUGCAGCCUUCCACUAUCGGCACUUGCAUCCAUGCGAGGCAGGAUAUCUAUGCAGUCUUCCGGCUGAUUUCAUCUACAAUCUGGCCCAGGUGAGGUCCGAUCUCCCCCUGAUUGGACAAACUGCAGCUCCGCUUCAAACCAUGUGGGUUUUGCUCCAUGCACUACGCUUGUUGCAAGAUCAUGGACUUGGCAGCUGGCAGUUGGACUUUGCCAACCCUAAAGAGGUGCUUCUGUCCUAUAUCAAUUCCAACAUCGAGAUUUGCAAGCAACUCUGGCCUACUUGCGAGCAUCGACAUCCACAAGCGAUCCACAUUGAGGACGAAUCUUCUUCGUUCUCGUGCCUGAUUGAACCGAUGACCACAGUUCAGCAUCUUCUUCAUGCACAUCAGCAGUUGCUUGGAUGGGCUCAUCGCAUCACUCUCUACAGGGAUGGAAUUCCGCAGCUUCCUAAUGCACUGCUGCGAGGUGGCUCCUAUCAGCUCCGGGUCACACAGCCCAAGCAGGCUCGACCGGCCCCAACCGAUCAAAUCACUGUCAAGGUUCAUGACGGGAUCACCCAGCAUGAAUUUCGUGGUCCAGCUGGAACUCGGCUAUCUUCCAUCCUUGAGGCGCUUGGCUUUCAAUACAAGAGUGGCAUUGAGUUCUUCAACUCCUUUCGCAGCUUUCGAUGGGGUGAUGCUCUAUGGCAAAGCGAACAAGGUGAAGUUCGGGGACUUGGACCAGUUCCUCUUUCUGCCACUGGUGUUCAUCACUUUGAAGUCUAUGACGAACUUCAGCACAUCCUCUUGCUUUUACCGGAUCAUGUUCGUGCAGCAGUGCAAGUUGUUCCUCAUCACAUUGUCCAGCUACUCCUCACUCGGCCUGCCAGCUUCGCAUCCAAGCUGCUUCUCAACGAGCACAAGAAGGCCUUUACAUGGCUUCUCUUUCCCCUGCUAGCCCAGUCGCACUGGAGUUUGCUGAUCUUGGACUUUCCGAACAUGGACUUUUUCUACUUCGAUGGACUUCGUGACUUUCACUUGGACUUGGUGGAGCAGGCUGUCGCUGUCAUUGUCAAUGCCUUUGGCUUGGCUUCUUCUCGCAUCCAGCAGCUGAAUCCUGUCCAACAGCAAGGAGGGGACUAUUGUGCAGCAGUGCUUCUUCACAAUGUUGGCAUCCACUUUGGCUUGUGGCAGCCUAUGUCUUCGGCAUCUCUUCAGCAGUGGGCAGCUUCGCUUCAGCAUCAAGAGGAAUUGAGGGGCAAUGGACUGGCAGAUUUCUCGCAAACACAUGCCUGGCUUUGCAAGUUUUUGAUCACCAAGGGUGUCCCCGAGGAAGACUCAGCAGCUCGUGCCACCCUGGCCUUGAACAAGCUUGGUCAAGGCCCCAUCGCCAAGGCCAUCUCUCAGGCCAACCCAUGGGCAUCGCUGAAGCAGUUAGCGAACUCUCAGCAGCGUCCCUUUCAGUGGAUCCAGCACAAUGAGUUGAUGAACCAUAUACAGAAACGGGCCAAGGAGCAACACGGUGCCGCUCCUAGACAAUCCAAAAAGCCCUCCAAGAAGCGUGCUGACCCGGCGCCUCCUGUUUCUCCAAAUGCCCUGGUGCUGGCCCCGAAGGCUUUUGUCGACGACAAAGACCAGGAGCUCUUUCAGCUUCCGAUUGACAAGGUCAAUCCGGAAUCCCAAGGCAUUAUCUUGGGCACGGUUGAACAAGCUGCCAACUUCUUGAAGGGGCAAAAACCCAUUUCGAUCAAUGCGCUAGCUCUUCUCACCACAACAGAAAUUCCGGAUGCCUUGCAUGGUAAGAUGACCGUGCAGCAUAUGGUAUGGCCUGCUCUUCUGGUGGACAACUCAGAUCCGAUUUUGGUGCGUGGCUCCUGUCUUCAGCUUGGAGAUCAUGAUGUGAAGAAGGUGCUUGGCCCUGCUCCUAGCCCGGCAUCCUUCGUUCCUGAGCUCUUCAAGCUUCAAGUGUACCAGGAUCAGUGGCCUGAUUCCUGGUCGGAUUUUGUGGGACGUCCUCUCAAGGCUCUUGUCCAGCACUAUGAAUGUCUCCAGUAUUGUGAUGGAGCAGGGUGCAACAACGCCCCAUCCUGCAAGCGUUUCCAUCCGGCUGUGGAAGAGGAGGUGGACAUGGUUGUGCUAGACGCUUUUGGAUGGAAAUGGUGUGAGGCUACUGGGUCUACAGCUACCCCCAAGAAGGCCGCUUCCUUCGGCAUCAUGGUGCGAGUUCCUCCUUCGGCUGCUCCUGCUCUCUUGGCAAUCUCUGCCACUGAUGGUCUCUAUACAGAGUUGCGGGAACCAGUCACGAAAGGACCCAGUUCCAAGUAUGCUGUGGUAUGGAUCAAGGGUGAUCUGCAGCAAGCGAUCCACUUCAAGUGCCAUACAACCAAGGCUUUGCAUGUCGUCCGUUCACAUCAGCGAUAUGGACUUCGUUGCCUCACUGCUGAUCAGGAGACCUUACACAAGGCAGCCUUCCCUAAGUUGCCCUUCGUUGCUGGCUCUAAUGCCCUGCAAUUCGAAGUUGGUCCUUGGCCCUAUGGUUCAACCAAGCAGUCCAUUGCUCAGUCCCUGCACGCUGCUGGCUGGGCAGCCAGACCGCUUCGUCCUACGCAUGGUACUCCUGAAGGCCGAUACUGGUUGAUUGGUGCUGAGGCUCCUCAUGCCUCUCCCAUUCUGCAACUUGGAGAUGCAUCUCUCAUCAUUACGCCCAUUGCUGCACUCAAAGGACGAGCGCCACCAACAGUCAUGGGCUCAUUGCAGACCUUGCAACGGCUUCAAGCUCCUUUGGGAGAAGAUCCUCUUCAAGUUCGUGAUCCCUGGGCAUCAGCACUACCAUCACCGCCUGUGUCAGCCUCUUUGCCGGCUUCCUCAAAGCUUGAUGAAAUCUCCCAGCAGCUUCACACUUCGGUUGCUGAGCAGGUACGUGAGCAGUUACGCACCUUUUCGGAUUCCUGCAUGGAUUCAGAUGACUCUCGCAUGGCACAGAUGGAAGCCAGCAUUUCAGAGUUACAGGCUCAAUCUUCUCAGUUUGCUGGCUGGUUCUCAGAAGCCGGGGAGCGCAUGCAGUCUCUGUCACACCAGGUCAGCUCACAGGAAAGCCAGCUGGUUGAGCUCACCAACAAGGUCACACGCACAGAUCAGCGUACAGAGCAAUUGCAUCAAACGGUCGGCAAGCUGCGUCAGGACUUUCAACAUGACCUUGAAGCUUCUAUGGCACGGCAACUGGAAAGCAUGGAGCUGACCCGCUCUUGGUGGCGCUCCUGUCGCGCCUUCCUUUGGCUCUUCCUUCUAUGGGGUGGCUUCCGUUUGGGUGAAGCCAGCAAUCCUGGCCCGAUGGCCUCUUUCAGUUCCUCGUCUUCUUCAGGAUCGCAGAUUGAGGAUGUGGGUUUUCCUCUUCUUGGGCGUCGCCCCUUCCAUGAUGCUGAAGUACGCACAGUUGACUCUCACUCCGAAGCCACCUCCUCUUUGGUGGUGGGCACGGCUAAUCCCAGUGGCAUCAAUAGCAAAGCUCUUGCUUUCGCCUCUCUUCCUUGGGGCAUUUGGAAUGUGGCAGAAACGCAAGCAAGUCAGCCAGUUUUUGCUCGCUUUCAGCGUGAACUUCAUUGGAUGACUCAGAAUCGCCUGCAUUGCAAGCAUGGUCACUAUGCUCCGUUGCGGCCUCGCUCUGACUUUGCUGGUGCUUGGACUGGCGUUGCACAGAUCUCGCCUGGACCUAUCCAUCCAGUUCCUCUUCAAUGGUCAGGUGCCUCGUAUCAAUCUGGGCGGAUCAUGCUCUCCAGCUUUUCUCUUCAAGAGCACUCUGUCUUGGGAGCUUGUAUCUACGCUCCUCCAUCGGGUCCCACGUACAAGCAAGCCCGCAGACUUUCUAUGGAGCUCCUUGAGCAAAUCACCUCGGAACUUGUGCUAGCGUCCUCGGGACCUCGCUUCAUCGCAGGGGACUUCAAUUGUGACACCCACGAUCUGCAAACCUUUGCCACCUGGAGACUUGCUGGAUGGGAAGAAAUUCAGCAUCUCGCUGAGCAGAGAUUUGACAUGCCUCGAUCUCCUACGUCAAAGGGCGCGGCCAUUAGUGAUCACUUGUGGAUCUCGCCAGAGCUUCAGCAAUGGCUAUGUGAAGUGCAUGUAGAACCAGAUCACUUUGCAGAUCAUGCCAUUCUCUAUGGCCGAUUUUGUCUCCCUUCCUCACGAUGGUGGCAGCACUUUUGGUCUAUGCCUUCUCUCUUGCCCUGGCAGCACCUUCGCCCGGAUCAGCUACAGCCCUCGGCACCACACAGUUGGGAUAAGGACAACAUGACCGCUUCAUUUGUUCAAUGGUCCAAGUCCACUGAGCGGGACUUGAAAACGACAGCUGCCCACCCGCUCCCUGUUGGCUGUUGGGGGAGGGGACAAACCUUGCGUACUCGGGCACGACCUGUUCAGCUCGUUCCAGUUCGGCAAGGCAGGAAUGGAGAACUUCAACCAAAGAGUGGAUUCCUUUGUCGUGCGGUUCAUCACUGGUGUCGCCAGCUUCGCAGACUGCAAGCCUACUGUCAACGGGCCAAAUCUGUUACUCAUUGGAGGAUCCAACUUGACCAGAUGGCCACCUGGCGGGCUAUUCUGCAUGCUCAUGGAUUUCAUGAUGGAUUUCGGCAAUGGUGGCUCAGACGUCCUUUGCAGCACGCAGGCGCCCCCAGCGUCUUUCCUGAUUGGCCUCCUUCAUUGUCAAUGGCUCGCAUCCUGCUUCAUGACUUUGAGGCCAACUUUCGACGCUUCGAAUCUUGGCACUUUAGACGCCGUGAAGAGCUUGUUCAAGCUCGCCAUCUCCAGCACAAUCAGAUUCUUACUAAACAGCUCAAGCAGGAUGACUACAUGCCCAUGACCCACCUGGUUAAGGAGCAAGAAGCUAGCAUCAUCCAUAUCAAUUUGGAUCAUUCGGUCAAGCUUUCUCAGCAGCUUACUCUCCAUGACCACCAGGUCUUUGCUCUGAAUCAGGAACCGGCUCUUGUUCAAAGGAAGGACAGUGGAGACUACAAGAUUGAGAGUGAUCUACUCCUGGCUGAAGGGCAAACUGUCACGGCUCGUACUCAGUGCAGAUCCUUUCAGGCGAUGGAAGCUGAACUGGCGAGCCUAUGGACACCCAUCUGGCAGAAGCAUUCUGGAUUGGCUUUGUCCCAUUGGAAUCGCAUUCUGGCCUUUGGACUUCGCUACAUGCCUCGGCUUCCACCUUUGCCCAUUCAUUGGACUUCUCAUCAGUUGGCCUACCUGUCUGAGCACUACCGCAAGCGGGAUGACUUGGUCCGGAUGUUUGAAAUCAUUCAGCAAGGAGCUUCCUGGCCGCAGCAGUUGGUUACUGGCUUUGUCAUUCCCAUCAGGAAGGUGCCGGAGGCAGAACAGGCCAAGCACUAUCGGCCUAUAGUACUCAUUUCCUUCCUGUAUCGUGUUUGGGCAACUGGCAUUUGCCGGGCUUAUCUUCCCUACCUGGCCAAAGUCAUUCCUUCUUUGGUCUUUGGCUACGUUCCUGGCAGAAGGGCUGAAGACAUUUGGUACAUCCUGCAGGCGCUCAUCCAGUCCUCUUACUCCACGCACACGGAGCUUCUGGGCUACAAUGCUGACUUAGUUAAGUGCUUCAACACACUACCACGGAUGCCCAUCCUGCUGCUCCUUCAACUCAUGGGCUUUCCUAGAGAUUGCGCCCUUGCGUGGCAUCAAGCUCUCUCUCAGCUUGAGCGUCGUUUUCGCAUUGCCAACCACACUGGCGAUGCCAUACUCUCCAGCACUGGUUUUCCAGAAGGUGAUCCUCUCAGUUGCAUUGCCAUGCUGGCUUUCAAUACAGCUCUCGAUACCUAUCUCAAGGUCUGCAGCUCCAAUGUGGCCUGUCCGGUUUUUGUGGACAACAUUCAACUGGUUGCUGAUUGUCUUGGUCACCUGUGCCAUGGCAUCAAUGUCCUCCAGGUCUUCAUGAACUCCUGGGACAUACAUCUUGAUCCUGGCAAGUGUUAUGCUUGGGCCACUUCGGCUGAUGCACGACACGCUCUGAGGCAAUUUGGAUACACCACCAAACUGGCAGCCAAAGAUUUGGGAGCUCAGAUGACCUAUUCACGAGUCUCCAGAACACAAGUGGCACAAGGUCGCAUUGAUUCAGUUGCUCAUCACUGGCGCAUUCUGCGGUUCUCUUCCGCUCCGCGAUGGGCCAAGAUGCUUGCUAUUCGAUCCAUCACAUGGCCCAAGGUCUUGCAUGGGGUCGCCAAUCGACUCCUUCCGGUUGUGGCCACGGACAGGCUUCGCUCCGCUGCCAUGAGAGCUCUUCACUGGGAUCGUGCAGGGGCCUCGCCGCAUGUUCGUUGGUCGCUCAUGCAGAUGCCUCAGUUGGACCCUGAAUACUACCAGCUAUGGCAAGUGCUGUCAACUUUUUGGCGCAUGGUGCAUCAGUUUCCUUUGAUUCUGGAACUUUGGGUACAGUCCAUGGACAAUCCGGGGUUUACUGGUCAAGGCCCCUUGCAUGCGGUGGUGCAAUGCCUUGGCUUCCUAGACUGGUACCUAGACGCGCAGCUUCAUUUGUGGAUUCAGCAUCUACGUAUCGAUUUUUGGCAGCUCUCGCUUGAGAGUCUUCAACUGCUCUUGCAAUAUUGUUGGCGGCAAAAAGUCUGUUUGAAGAUUCGUCAUCGAAAGGAUUUCACAGGGCUUCACUCCAUCAACUGGUUGGCUUCAUUUCGGUCUUUGACCUUCCCUCAGAUGGAUGUCACAGAGCUUUUGGCCACUAUACAGGAUGGCACGUUGUGGCCGCAGCGCUCUGCGGCAUUUACUCAUCACGGACUUCAUCCGGCCAAUCCUCAUCAAUGGGCGUACUGGAAGGCACUUCUCGCCCUUCCUGAUCGUCGGGAAGAAUUUUUGGACCUUCAAGUUUUGGCUGAGCACACUUUUAUCUUUACGGAUGGAAGCUGUAGCAUGCCUCGGAAGCCGACUUGCGCUCUGGCAGCCUGGGCGGUCACUACCAUGGAACCGAAACGCACACUGGCUCAAGGGCCUGUUCCUGGGUUGGUGCAGUCCAUUGAUGUUGCGGAGGCCAUGGCAGUUCACUCGGCCUUCUUGUGGGUUUUGAGAACUGGAGCCAAGGCGACCAUUUUUUCCGACAGUCAGUAUGCAGUGGAUAACUUCAAGUACCUGCAAAAGCAUCGGGAGGUACCGCCACGAUGGAAGCAUCAAUCUCUAUGGUUCCAGGCUCUGCACACUGUUGAACAGAUUGACAUGAACCAGGUCAUAGUGCAGAAGAUUUCUUCCCAUGUUGCGGACGAGGAGUGCUUUUCACCUCGUGCUGACUGGUGUAAGAGAGGCAAUGACUUUGCUGACACUUUGGCUCGCUGGCAGAACAGCCUUCGCUCUCCUGCUUUUUCACAAGUGCAUGCGUUGUUUUGUGAUGAAGAAGAGCGGGCUACAGCGGCGACUCGUGGACAGCUGAACUUCCUCCUGCACUUAGCGCGUGUGAGUCUUUCUACCACUCCUGAGUGCGCUGAAGCUGAGGAUGCCCCGGUCGGUUCCCUAGGUAGCGGCCUCGAGAUGAACGACGUGAGCAUCACCACACCCAGUGGAGAGGUGAAGACCCAGGAGUGCUUGGUGGGUGCCGACAUUGUGGUCCAGGUGGGUGAUGAGGUGACCAAGGAUGAGCCCCUCACCACCAAUCCCAACGAGGAGAAGGAAUGCGUCCUGCAGGACAUGAAUCGCGUGUAUGCUUACUGUGCCUUUGCUUUCUCUUGCUUCAUUGCUCAGCUCAGCUUCGUUCUGAAGAAGAUCCUUUGA